CUAACAAAGAACGUUGCAUCAACUAAAUAAAGAACAUUAAGUACAUCAUCUAACAAAGAACUUUCUACCAUCUAACAAAGAACAUUGUAUCAUCUAACAAAGAACAUCUUAUUCUCUAAUAAAGAACAUUUAAUUUUAUAACAAUGACCAUAUAGACAUAAAUGUAAUGUACAAGAUAAUAUGUACAAAAAGAAUAUUUCCAACUAAAUAAAGAACAUAUAGACAUAAAUGUAAUGUACAUAAUAAUAUGUAAAAAAAGAACAUUUCAACCUAAAUAAAGAACAUUAAGUACAUGGAGAAUAAACAUCUGGACUUUUUUAAUCAAAACAUUAAAAAAAUUCAAAAAUUCAAUCUACGAGUAAAAAGCACAAAAAAAAAUCUUUUAAAAAAAUAAAGGAAAAUUCGCCCAAAAUAAUACCGUCUCUCACUCAUAUUACAAUAAUGGAGCAAGCUUUAUUUUAUUUCAAAAUAGAACCCCACCUUUCACCCCACUUUUGUACAAAUGGAACGAGUUACAUGCAACCUGUUAAUUAGUCAGAUUGUAGGUGAAAGUCAACGGUUGACUUCCAUUCCCCCUCUAAGGAUGCCAUCUUGGCAUUAAUUACCCCCAACUACCUCUCUUUUCCCUCUUUACUUUCUUUCCCUCUCACACUCUGUCUCAUCUUUCCUUUCCCUCCUCUAUGUACUCCAUUAAAGAAGACAUUAUACCAUUAAAGAAGAGAGUGAGUACAUAAUUGAAGGUUGUUAGCCGUCCCCAUCAUCUUCAGAAGGAAGCCACAGUGGAUGGAAGAACAUAAUUUGAGAAGAUUGACUACCCUAAUUGUGCAGUAAAGAAGAAGCACUAAACAUGUUGCAGUCGGAGAAAACUCCCAAGCGGUCUUCUGCGACCAUCCGCAAAGAUCUUGCGGAGAAAGCUGUCGCCGAGCUCAGGGCCAAGGAAUUGAGCACCUGACCCUUUCUUAAGUUUAUUUUAAGAAUUAUCUUGCCCAGAUACUAACUUUGACUUGGUUAAUUUCGCAGGGGGGAGAAGUUGGGAAAUCGUUUGAGAAGAAUCUCAAACGGGCUAGAGAGGAGGCCCCAGCCAUUCUCAACAAAAUAAAAAAGUUUGCCUCUGCGUCAACUCCUGGCGCAUCAGCCGGGGCUAAGACGAUACGGGUAUCAGGGCGACUCGAGAAGGUAGGCGGCAGCAUGUGCCUUGAUCUUAUCAACCCUUUAUCAGCAGCCGCGGGGUUCACCACGCCUGCAAGCGGUUCCCGCUUGGCCGGCUCUGAAGAUCAAUCUCCCCGCUGGCCAGACGUCCAGAAGCACGCCAAGGCCAUGCUGGAAGCCGUCCGGAUGAGGGAUAAGGACAAUACCCCUAGGAUAGAGACGUUCAAUCUUGAACGCGUUCUAUCCCUUCUGGCUGAGGCCAUGCUGCGGGUGGACGGGCUCAAGCGUCCUUAUUCCCGCAAACGGGAAGAGGCGUUUAAAAUCCAGCAGCUGGAGCUAGAUCUGAAGGCGGCCGACCAGCGGGCUACGAAUGCUGAGACGGCCAAGAAGGGGGCGGAGGAGGCCCAGAAGAAGGCGGACGAGAGCGCCAAAAAGGCUGAUGAGGCGCUCAAGAAGGCCCAGGCGGACCUUGGCAAACUGAAGACCAAGGUUGAGAGGUUAGAGAAGGAUGCUGCUCAAGCUCAGAAAAACUUUGCAGCAACCCUGGAGGUGAAGCAAAACCGCCUUGUUGCUGAAAGUGAUGCUGACAACGACGCCCGUAUGAAGAUUGCUUGGGCUGCCUUGUACCCAGAUGCGGAUUAUAGCAUCUGGGCAAUGGCGCACAGCUAUGCCGAGUACGUGGUGUACUUGAGAGAGCAAGGCGAGCCAGAUCCUGCCUCCUUUGAAGCCUGGAUCAACUCCAAUGAGCCGGCCGCACCUGAGCUUCCUUGUCCUGGUGAAGCGCAUUAAAUUCCCUCAGAUGAUGAGGAGAAGCGGGAGAACCAGGAGGCUCCGUCUGCAGGCCAGAACUGACCCCUCAACGGCAGUAUGCCAAUCUUUGCUUUUUUAAUUUUCUUUUUAUUCAAGCUGUAUGCCAAAACUUUCUU